UAUACAUGUCAAAUAUCUUAUAACAAUUACCAAAGUAACAUGUCUCACAUAGAUACGAAAAGCUUAUAGUCAAAACUUCAAGAUACACUACCUCAAAACGUCAGCCUCUUACGAAUAUCACUCCAGCAUCCAUCUAUAUAAUAACUUGACUAUUGAAACCUCAAAAUCAACUUCUCAAAAAUUCUCAAAGGAAAAAAACAACAACUAGAACUAGAUUGAGGGAGUGGCCAAGGAUACAAAACCUGUGUUGGAACCCAAUAUCCAUGAAGUUCACAGGAGUAGUAUGCAUUGCGUUUGUGAUAGUUCUUGUGUCAGCUUUAGCUCCGACCAAAGCAGUCUUGGAAGAGAAAGCAGAAUGCAUCCCAACAGAACUUUUGUCAUGCUUACCAGCAAUACAAACCGGAAGUCAACCGACCGCCGAUUGCUGUGGGAAACUGAAAGAACAAGAGUCAUGUUUGUGUGGUUACAUCCGGAAUCCAUUAUUUUCUCAAUAUGUUACUUCUGAAAAUGCUCAUAAGACUUUAGCGAGUUGUGGUAUACCUUAUCCUACUUGUUAA